AUGUUUGCUGUUGCCUUCUUCAUCUUGCCUUUGAUGACUGGACAGCCUGGGGUAACUGCACAAGAGAAAGCGAACCGAAGAGUAAGUCGGGCAGUGACCCCUGCAGCAGUCGCAUGUCAGCUCAGCGACUGGUCAGAGUGGACAGACUGCUUUCCAUGCCAGGACAAAAAGUACCGAUACCGAAGCCUCUUGCAGCCAAACAAGUUUGGGGGAGCCAUCUGCAGUGGUGAUGUCUGGGAUCAUGCCAGCUGUCACAGCCCCACACCUUGUCUCCAGCAAGCACAGUGUGGACAGGAUUUCCAGUGUAAGGAGACGGGUCGAUGCCUGAAACGUCACCUCAUGUGUAAUGGAGACAGGGACUGCCUCGAUGGAUCUGAUGAGGAAGACUGUGAAGAUGUCAGGGCUACUGCAGAUGACUGCAGCCAGUAUGAACCAAUCCCGGGAUCGGAGAAGGUGGCCUUGGGGUACAAUAUCCUGACCCAGAAGCAAACUCAGAGUGUAUAUGAUGCCAGGUAUUAUGGGGGCCAGUGUGAGACGGUAUACAAUGGGGAAUGGAGGGCGCUCCGUUACGACCCCACCUGUGAGCGUCUGUACUAUGGAGAUGAUGAGAAAUACUUUCGGAAACCCUACAACUUCCUGAAGUACCACUUUGAAGCCCUGGCCGACACUAGCAUCUCCUCAGAGUUGUAUGAUGACGUGAAUGACCUCCUUUUUAAAGUAAAAAAUGACAAAUUUGAGUCAAGGGGUCUGACCCUUGGCAUAGGCCAGGCAGACAGUUCUGUAAUGGGGAAUGCACGGGUAUCUGCGUCAGAAGAAUCUUCAUUCUUAAAGAAGUUAAACAAGUACAAUAAGAAGAGAUACAGCUUUAUGAGAAUUUUCACCAAGGUGCAGACUGCCCAUUUUAAGAUGAGGAGGCACAAUAUUAUGCUGGAUGAAGGAAUGUUACAGUCGUUAAUGGAGCUUCCAGAGCAGUACAAUUAUGGCCUGUAUGCCAAGUUUAUCGAUGAUUAUGGCACCCACUACAUCACCUCUGGAUCCAUGGGUGGCACUUACGAAUAUAUACUGGUGCUCGAUAAAGAAAAAAUGGAAUUACAUGGUAUUACUGACAGAUAUAUCAAGACUUGCAUUGGAGGUGCCAUUGGCUUUAACCAAGAUGAUAUUAUAGAAAUUGAAGGACGUCUAUCAGAAGAACAUUGUGAGAAAGUUGGAUCUGGCCAAGGAAUAAAGGACCAGAAGGCCUUGGGUGUGGAAGACAUCAUUUCCCGGGUGAAAGGUGGCAGUUCUGACUGGGGUGGUGCCCUGACACAGAAUAGCAACACCAUUACAUAUCGUUCCUGGGGUAGAUCAUUAAAGUAUAAUCCCGUUGUUAUCGAUUUUGAGGUACAGCCCAUCCAUGAGGUGCUGCGGCACACAAACCUGGGACUUUUGGAGACCAAACGCCAGAACCUGCGCCUGGCCUUGGACCAGUACCUGUUGGAAUUCAAUGCCUGCCGCUGUGGACCCUGCUUCAACAAUGGAGAGCCCAUCCUCGAGGGCACCAGCUGCCAGUGUCUAUGUGGUCCAGGUCUCCAGGGCCCUGCCUGUGAGCAGAUGGAGUUGGAAGAUGCCAGAGCAGAUGGUCACUGGAGUUGCUGGAGCUCCUGGUCUGAAUGCAGAAGGGGCACACAGGAAAGGAGAAGGGAGUGCAACAAUCCCACCCCACAGAAUGGAGGUGCCCAGUGCUCAGGGCGGAGGGUCCAGACCCAGGCCUGCUAA